UAGAAAUAUAAUAAAAGAUAUUUAUAAUAAUUCAUCAAAAAGUUGUCGAAAAGAAACAAAAUUCUACAGAAAAUUUCUCAUAUCCAAAGAAAAAUUUAUGAUGAAGAUAUUAAAAAAAAUUCCAUAAAGGUGUCGAAAAGAAACAAAUUCUACAGAAAAUUUCUCAUAUCCAAAGAAAAAUCUACGAUGAAGAAAUUAAAAAAAAUUCCAUAAUAUAGAAAAUUUUGACAUUUAUGAAUUUUGAGGUUAUGAAAUCAAAUUUCAAAGAAAGGGGAUUAUUCGGAAUAUUUUCGACUUGAGAAAGAAGAAAAAAUAACAACAAAAAUUCAGAUUAAUUCACCAUGAAAAUGCUAUUAAUAUUCAUUCCAAAUCGAUUGUGUGAAGAGAAAGCGGGACAAAUAUUCGGGCAAAUUGUCUACGACGAAAUAAACCAAGUAAAAAAAUUCUACAUAAUUGGAAGACAAAGCAGCUUACCGAUAGUAAAAAAUAAGACUGAAAUAUUAGGCUACUAUUCUGGAACUUGUACGAAAAAUGAAAGAAUUGACAAAAAAUGUCCAAAUUGGAUCAAUUUGUACACUAAAUCGGAAAAUGAUAAUCACCUCAAUUAUGAUUAUUGUCUAAAGAAUAUUUUGGUGAAUGGUAAAACUAUCUCUCCAACAAUGUGUCACACUAUGAUAAUUAUUUACGAUCAAUUAUCACUUAUUCAAUCGGAACUUUUUAUUAGUUCAACGAAAAAGGAUCACUUUGUGGAAUUACAACAAUUAUUGAAGAAAAAAGCGAACCAAAAUGAAAUUAGAAGAAAAACUCUCAACGAUUGUACACGGGAAUUUAUCCUGACAAAUUGUGCAUUCCUUUUAUUUUAUCCAAUUUUAUUUCUAUCAAGUGUGAGUAAAUUUCUAUUGCCAAUUUCCAAGUACUCAACACUCGGUUUACACUGGAAUGCUUGGUUGGAAAAUUUUAAUUGGAUGUUGAAUUCGAUUAUUCACGAGAAGAGAAUUUCGAUAAAAACGGGAAAUUAUAUUUUAGCAAUGAUUGUUGAUAUGAUUCUGGGAAUUCUAGUAUUGAAAUUUAUUUUAUUCGCUAUUGAGGACGAUACUCCGUCUUCAAUAUUGUUAACUAAUGCAGACAAAGUUGUCGUGACGUUAAAAGAAUUGGUUAACUGGUUAAUGGGAUCGCCGGCUGGAUUGAAAUUAAAUUCUUGCUUCAAUGAAAUGCUGGGCAAAUUUUUUUUGUACCAUAUUCAUUUGUGGUGGACUUUUCUAACAAUUAUUGAACCCGUGAUGAAUUUUGCCUUUGAAGUUGCGUUGCUAUUCGGUCGCUUAGGUCUUACUUUUCAAAUUGCAAUAAUUGGCGAUCUUUUAGCACUUCUCAGCUUUCAUUCCUAUUGUAUUUACGUUUAUGCAGCAAGAUUGUUUAAUAUUCAACUGAGGGGUCUCACAGCAUUAUUCCGGCUUUUCUUGGGAAAGAAAAAAAAUCCACUGAGAGAAAGAGUGGAUUCUUGUUUAUAUCAACCGGAUCAAUUAUUUUUGGGAACUCUACUAUUCACGAUUCUUUUAUUUCUCAUUCCAACCACUUGGGUUUAUUAUUCUGUCUUCACAACGCUCAGACUAAUAAUGGUAGGACUUGCAGGCACUUUGACAAGACUGAAAUUUUAUCUGCAAGUUAUACCAAUCUUCACUUUUGUUAAUUGGAUUUUUCGCGCCGAUAGCGUUCGCAAUUGUAUAAAUAUUAAAGUGCACAAGAGACUAGAGAAUGAACCAAUAACUUUAAUUUCAAAAAUGGUUGUCUCAUCGUGGAGUAUAACGUGGAAACAAUGCAUUCCCGAUACAAUUAAAUUUUACCCCUCAAUCGAAUGGAAUAGAAUUGUAAAUAAUGUAAUAUGCGGGGAGUUGAUCUAUCCUUUGUAAUACUAAAAAAUUCAAAAUAUAUAAUUAUAUAUUUAUAAAAUGAAUAAAGAAAAAUGUAAAUAUUUAA